CUUCAUCUCCACAGCAACUGCGAGAGAGGACUUCAAGUCCCACAAUGCUUGGUAUACCGGAAGUAAAACACCUCCAUUCAGAGCGGGUCAACGAAAGCACGACGCAGUAAUUUCAGACUUGGAACACUUGGAGACGCAGCCAUGCCGCCCGGGCCCGUUCAAAUCGUUCAGCCGGAGCCUAAUAACAAGAAUGAUGAACCGACAGAAGAAACUCCAGCCACGAAACCGAUCGUUGGUAUCAUAUAUCCACCUCCCGAGGUCCGAAACAUUGUUGACAAGACAGCCAGCUUUGUUGCCAGGAACGGGCCUGAGUUUGAAGCAAGAAUCCGUCAGAAUGAGAUCAACAAUCCAAAGUUUAAUUUCCUCAACCCCAAUGACCCAUACCAUGCCUACUACCGUCACAAGGUCAAUGAAUUCAAGGAGGGCAAGGCACAGGAACCGUCUGCUGCUGUGCCCAAGGUUAUGCAGCAGCAGGCCAUGCAGCAGUCCCAGCAGCUUCCUCAGAAAGUCCAGUCUCAGGUGAUUCAUGAGGCAGUGGUCCCCAAAGAACCACCUCCUGAGUUUGAGUUCAUCGCUGAUCCUCCAUCAAUCUCAGCAUUUGAUCUGGACGUCGUCAAACUGACCGCCCAGUUUGUUGCUCGCAAUGGCCGCCAGUUUCUCACUCAGCUCAUGCAGAAAGAACAGAGGAACUACCAGUUUGACUUCCUUCGUCCACAGCACAGCCUUUUCAACUACUUCACCAAGCUGGUCGAGCAGUACACUAAGAUCCUUAUCCCUCCCAAAGGCCUGCUGAUGAAGCUCAAACGAGAGGCUGAGAAUCCAAGAGAGGUGAUGGACCAGGUUAGGUACCGUGUUGAGUGGGCCAAGUUCCAGGAGCGUGAAAGGAAGAAGGAGGAAGAGGAAAGAGAGAAAGAAAGAGUAGCAUAUGCCCAAAUCGACUGGCAUGACUUUGUAGUGGUGGAGACAGUGGAUUUCCAGCCCAAUGAGCAAGGUCACUUCCCCCCGCCCACCACCCCAGAGGAGCUUGGUGCGCGUAUCCUGAUCCAAGAGCGCUACGAGAAGUUUGGAGAGAGCGAGGAGGUAGAGAUGGAGGUUGAAAGUGAGGAUGAGGAGGAUGAACGGGAGGACAGGGAAGAAGGCCAGCCCUCACAGCCUGAUCAGGACACACAAGUGCAAGACAUGGAUGAGGGAUCUGAUGAUGAGGAUGAGGGUGUGAAAGCACCACUGCCACCAGACAACCCUAUGCCACCCCCACUGCCCCCUACUCCAGACCAAGUUAUUAUUCGCAAAGACUACGACCCCAAAGCUUCCAAGCCUCAGCCUUCGGCCGCAGCUCCAGAUGAGUACCUUAUCUCACCCAUUACUGGAGAGAAGAUCCCAGCCAGUAAGAUGCAGGAGCACAUGCGCAUUGGUCUGCUGGACCCACGCUGGCUAGAGCAAAGAGACCGCAGCAUCAGAGAGAGACAGAUCGAGGAUGAAGUUUACGCCCCCGGUCUGGAUAUUGAGAGCAGUCUGAAACAACUGGCCGAGAGGCGUACUGAUAUCUUUGGUGUGGAGGAGACAGCCAUUGGUAAGAAGAUCGGAGAAGAAGAGAUCCAGAAGCCUGAAGAGAAGGUUACCUGGGAUGGCCACUCAGGAAGCAUGGCCCGAACCCAGCAGGCAGCGCAGGCCAACAUCACCUUGCAGGAGCAGAUUGAGGCCAUCCACAAGGCCAAAGGGCUGGUUGGAGAGGACGAUAAUAAGGAGAAGAUUGGCCCAAGCAAGCCCAGUGAAAUUCAUCACCCGCCUCCCAUCCCCUCCUCUGCACCCAGUCUGCCGAAACCCAAUCCUCCUAUUACAACAGUGCCUCGUCCGCCACCAUCUAUGCCACCUCCAGUGCGCACCACUCUCCUGUCUGCUGUACCUGUGAUUCCGAGGCCACCCAUGGCCCCUGUGGUGCGCCUUGCCCCGGGACAAGUUCUAACACCUAUGCCUCCCAUGAUUCAUGCUCCUCGCAUCAACGUGGUGCCCAUGCCGCCAUCAGCACCCCACAUCAUGGCCCCCAGACCACCUCCCAUGGUUGUUCCAGCUGCAUUUGUCCCUGCACCUCCAGUACCACAGCCUCCAAGCUCUGCUCCUGCACCACCGUCCCACCCACCCCCACCACAUGAGGAUGAACCAGUCAACAAGAAGAUGAAGACAGAGGACAACCUCAUGCCAGAGGAUGAGUUCCUUCGUAGAAACAAGGGUCCUGUGGCGGUCAAAGUGCAGGUCCCCAACAUGCAGGACAAGACCGAAUGGAAGCUGAGUGGACAAGUGCUCAAUUUCACUCUCCCACUUACCGAUCAGGUGUCUGUUAUUAAAGUCAAAAUCCAUGAAGCCACAGGCAUGCCAGCAGGGAAACAGAAGUUACAGUAUGAGGGCAUUUUCAUCAAAGACUCCAACUCCCUGGCUUAUUACAACAUGAGCAACGGUUCAGUCAUUCAUUUGGCAUUGAAAGAGAGAGGUGGGAGAAAGAAGUGAGCCAUGCAACAAGACGAAAAAUUUCUCUACAAUAAGGUUUCACAUCACAGGAUGUCUGUUUUAUGUUUCAGUGUAUUUUUCAGAAGUAUGUUUCAUUCUUUACAUAGUUUUCAUUUGUUUUCAGUCAAAAUUAUAGUCAAUAUUUUAAAUGUGUUCCCUUUCGUAAUGUUACUUGCUCUGAGUGCUAUAUAAAUUGUUCCCUCACUGGAGGCAUGGCUUCACCGUUUUGUUGCUGCAAGAUUGACAAGGUCAUGAUAACAAUAUUUGAUACCUUUGAAGAACAUGUAGAACUCUGUAGUGUUAAUCCAUGUAAUAAAAGAAUAAUAAACAUCAAAAUAACCCAUUUU